AUGAAGGUCAAGGUCAUCCCCGUGCUCGAGGAUAACUACAUGUACCUUGUCAUCGAGGAGCGCACGCGGGAGGCUGUGGCCGUGGACGUGGCCGUGCCCAAGAGGCUGCUGGAGAUCGUGGGCCGGGAGGGGGUAUCACUGACGACCGUGCUGACCACCCACCACCACUGGGACCACGCGCGGGGCAACGCGGAGCUGGCGCGGCUGCGGCCGGGGCUGGCGGUGCUGGGCGCCGACGAGCGCAUCUGCGCGUUGACCCGCAGGCUGGUGCACGGCGAGGAGCUGCGGUUCGGGGCCAUCCACGCGCGCUGCCUCCUGACGCCGGGCCACACCUCCGGCCACAUGAGCUACUUCCUGUGGGAAGAGGAGUGUCCGGACCCGCCCGCGGUGUUCUCUGGGGAUGCGCUGUCGGUGGCCGGCUGUGGCCUGCGCCUGGAGAGCACAGCCCUGCAGAUGUACGAGAGCCUGACGCAGAUCCUGGGCACGCUGCCCCCCGAGACGAAGGUGUUCUGUGGCCACGAGCACACGCUGGGCAACCUGGAGUUUGCGCAGAAAGUGGAGCCGGGCAACGACCACGUGAGAGCUAAGCUGUCCUGGGCCAAGAAGAGGGAUGAGGACGAUAUGCCCACAGUGCCGUCCACCCUGAGCGAGGAGCUCCUCUACAAUCCCUUCCUAAGGGUGGCAGAAGAGCCUGUGCGCAAGUUCACGGGGAAGGCGGCCCCAGCCGAGGUCCUGGAGGCACUCUGCAAGGAGCGGGCAAGCUUCCAGCGGGCAGCUGAGCCGCUGCAGCCGCAGGCCCGGGCCCUCCUGGCACUGCAGUGGGGGCUCCUGGGCACACCCCAACAGAAGUGAGCCCCAGGAGGACCCGCCGUGGAGCCAAGCAUCACAGCUCUCCUCCUUCAACCCUCAGCGGACAGAGCUGAGGAGGAUUGCCUCUGUAAGCUUCCAUGGCCCUGCCCAGCUGGCUGCCCAGCCUUGGAGGGUGGGCACUGCACACGUGAGGCCCUCUCUGGGGUGCAUGUGACCCCUGAGGCCUGGUUGU